AGUUCAAGUACAACACGCCAAGCUUACACACGUUCGACUCGAGACUUAAUAAUGGGCAAACUAGUGCUAUAUGGACUGGAGCCAAGUCCACCGGUGAGGGCUUGCAAGCUAACGCUGCAUGCGCUGGGCCUGCAGUAUGAGUACAAGCUGAUAAAUCUGCUGGCUGGCGAGCAGCGCAGCAAGGAGUAUCUGGCUAAGAAUCCGCAGCAUACGGUGCCCAUGCUGGAGGAUGAUGGCAACUGCAUUUGGGAUUCGCAUGCCAUUAUUGCAUAUCUGGUGCGUAAGUACUGCAAGCAUGAUGAGCUGUAUCCCAGGGAGUACUACAAGCGCGCUGUCGUCGAUCAACGCCUGCACUUUGAAUCGGGUGUGCUAUUCCAAGGCUGCAUACGCAACAUAGCCGAGCCGCUGUUCUAUCGCAAUGAAACUGAAGUGCCACGCAGCCGAAUUGAUGCCAUCUAUGCAGCUUAUGAUUUUCUGGAGGCCUUUCUGGGCACACAAAACUAUUUGUGUGGUCCAAAAUUAACCGUAGCCGACUUUAGCGUCGUGUCCUCCGUAUCCAGUUUGCAGGGCUUGGCACCGCUGGAGCAGGCGCGUCAUCCACAAUUGAGUGCCUGGUUGGAGCGCAUGGAGCAGCUGCCGGACUAUGCCGCCAAUAAUGGCAAUGGCGCACAAAUGUUGAUUGAUAUGUUUAGUGCAAAGAUCACAAAGAUUGUCUGAUUAGGCGCAGCCUACUGCAGCAAAUAUAAUCUCUUAUAUAAUAUAUACAUAUGC